AUGGAAGAAAAAUAUAGUAUAGGUUUGUUAGGUAUAAUGGAUCAAUUAUGGUUUCAUCAAAUUAUUCUCUUUUCAAAACCCCCAUCAAUUUCAUUUCCUAAAAAUCUUGAAAAUCCCCUGCCUAUUCAAGACUCUCUGACAUCAGUUGAAUCAGAAAUCAUUCUUCUACAGGAUGUUUGUGAAAAAGAAGAAGACAAUGAGAAGGAAAGACCAACAAGAAACAUGUCUCAUUCAUUAUCACCUAAAAAAUAUUCAAGAAACAGAGUAUUGGAGAAAACACUGAGUAAUUACAAGAGUCUUGGAGAUCUCGAGCUUGAAGAAUUACGAGGUUUCAUGGAUUUAGGAUUCAUAUUCCGCAAAGAACAUAUAAGCAAGAGAAUGAUAAAUGUAAUUCCUGGAUUACAGAGGCUUGAAAUAGAGAUAUCCGAAGACGAAGAAAAAAAUUGUGAAAAUUCUGAAGCAAUUGUAACAGAAGGAGAAGAAGAUGAUAAAAGGGAAAUUGCGCGACCUUAUUUGUCUGAGGCAUGGCUUAUUAAAAGGCCUAAUUCACCAUUGUUGAAUAUGAGGAUACCAAGAAUUUCUGCAGCUUCUGAUAUGAAGAAACAUUUGAGAUAUUGGGCUAAAACAGUUGCAACUGUGGUUAUGCAAGAAUCUUGAUUUUGUGUACAGAGUAUCUCGCGUU